GUCUCGGAUGUGUCGGCGGCGGUGGUGGUGAGGGCGUGGGGAAGGGUGGAGUGAGGGGGCGAGGCCGCGACGAAGGCGGCGAAAUUCUCCUCCCCUCGGCCCCACCGCGUGGGACGGCGUGAACUUGGUUUCGGAGGGAUGUCCGCCUUCUCUGAGGCGGCGCUGGAGAAGAAGCUGUCGGAGUUGAGCAACUCGCAGCAGAGCGUGCAGACCUUGUCUCUGUGGCUCAUUCACCACCGCAAGCACUCGCGGCCCAUCGUCACCGUGUGGGAGCGGGAGCUGCGGAAAGCCAAACCAAACAGGAAGCUUACUUUUCUCUACCUAGCCAAUGAUGUCAUUCAGAACAGCAAAAGGAAGGGGCCGGAGUUUACAAAAGAUUUUGCACCAGUUAUAGUGGAGGCUUUUAAGCAUGUUUCAAGUGAAACUGAUGAAAGUUGUAAGAAGCACCUUGGGAGAGUGUUAUCUAUUUGGGAAGAAAGGUCUGUUUAUGAAAAUGAUGUAUUAGAACAACUUAAGCAAGCUCUGUAUGGUGAUAAGAAGCCUAGGAAACGAACUUAUGAGCAGAUAAAGGUGGAUGAAAAUGAAAACUGUUCCUCUCUGGGAUCUCCAAGUGAACCACCACAGACUCUAGAUCUCGUUAGAGCAUUACAAGAUCUAGAAAAUGCAGCUUCAGGUGAUGCAGCAGUUCAUCAGAGGAUAGCUUCUUUGCCCGUUGAAGUCCAAGAAGUGUCCCUACUAGAUAAAAUAACAGAUAAAGAGUCUGGAGAAAGGCUUUCUAAAAUGGUAGAGGAUGCUUGUAUGUUGCUGGCAGAUUACAAUGGCAGACUGGCAGCAGAAAUAGAUGAUAGGAAGCAACUCACUCGAAUGUUAGCAGAUUUUCUUCGUUGUCAAAAGGAAGCCCUUGCAGAGAAAGAACAUAAAUUGGAAGAAUACAAGCGCAAGUUAGCCAGAGUUUCCCUGGUGCGCAAAGAACUCAGGUCCCGGAUCCAGAGCCUGCCAGACUUAUCUCGAUUGCCCAAUGUCACUGGCAGCCAUAUGCACCUGCCCUUUGCGGGAGAUAUCUACAGCGAAGAUUGAUGACCAGUCUCUAUCCAGGGCCCAGAACUUUGCAAGCGAUGGAGAAAGGUUAGAUGGAUAGUCUUGUAGUGUUAUUUUUGUAUAUUGUUGAGAGAGUAACACUAACAAAAAAGAAAUGACAAGUAAUUUAUAAAAUUGUUUAAAUUGUUGGUUAGUUUACUAUUUUAUUGGUAAGGUAACAUGACUUAGUUUAAACAAAGUGAUGAUCGCUGUGUAUUAAUAAGCUCACAAAUACUGGUUAUUUUCGAAAGAUCUUUUUGUAAAUUUUUUUGAUCCAGGGCCUUGUGAGAAAUUCCAUGUUUCUAUUUCUGUGUGUAUUUUCAAUUGUUUUUUGUUUAUUUUCCUCAGUAUCUAACCACUGUAUACUAUGUAGUUCCUAAAGGAGAAGAACUAAGCAAGAGUUGGUUGAGACUUUAUUAUGGUAUAGUUAAGACUUGAUUGUAGAAGGGAAUAAUGUUCCAACUUGAUCUUCACCCUUCUUCCCAACCAAAUUAUUGGUUCUGUGCCUUUCCAGGCCUUUGAUUCCUUAUUUUGUAGAGGUCAGUAAUUUAACACUAAACAUGGAUGCCACUUCGAAGGUCAGAUGAAAGCCUAGAGAACUUUUCCCCAGUAGUACUGUAAGAGUUCCAUUCCAACUGCCAAUGUAAAAUAAAAAGAGUGUUAAAUAGGACUCCCUUGAUUGAGUAGAUUAAUAUGAAAAUGCUUUGGAAAUGUUAUAAAUUUUGACAUUCUACCAAGAGGACAACUUUGGUUCUGGAACUGGUUUCUAUUUGUCAAAAUCAGUCUACUUUUAACAUAAUUGAUCCCUUCAGCAAAAUGCCAUCUGUGAGAUUAAAAGAGACAUGAAAUAAUGAUACUUUUAUUAUUCUCUUAGCCAUAUAACUUUAAAAACAGUAGUAUUUUUAGCUCUCAUAGCUCAAGAACACAAUAUUCAUUACUGUUCAGUAAAGUAGCUUGAAACAUUUUUACUGUUUCCUUAAGGUUUUUGAAUGACCAUAUAUUUGGAAAUUAAGCAGUGCUACACUACAGGGUAGGUCUGGUAAAUUUUAUAUUUGUAUAUUUAGUUACCAAAACAAAUGUAGUUUUACCUCUCACUUCUGACCCUGUGUGAUAGAGCAGUUGCAUGCUCUCCUGCUUUCUUUUUAAAUCACAUUGUUAAGCUGUGGAUUUGUACUCAACGAUAACUUAGGAUAAACAUUUUUUUCAUUCAUGCUUUACAUAUUAGACAUUUUUUUUCCUUGCUGUCAGCAGAUUCAAAUUAGAUAGUAAAUAAAACAUCUUUUAAAUCCCUUGAGUCAAUUACGUCUCACUGGUCUGAAUGGCUUCACUUUGUUUUUUACUCAGUAUUAGAGAUUACAGUUAAAAUGAAUUUACAUGUGAAGGAGAAGGCAAACAUCUAUUUUUAAUAGCCAAUAGUUCUGGAAACAGUGCUUUUAACAAUUUGAACUCUCUCCAAAACAGAGAGACACCUAUAAGUAGUCCCCAUUCACAUAUGGCUUAUAUUCCAGUGUUUUAGUCCACUUUUGGAACUUAGGGCACAUUUUCUCCCAGAAACAGUAGUAGUUAGGCUCCCGGUGAACAUUACCACUGAAAGCUCACCUGGGAAUCUAAUCCGCUUAAACAUGAAUGCUCAACUUCUAAUGUGGUUGACAAAUUACUAAUAGUGGAUCCCGACCAACAUUUGUAUGUCACUCUAACUAAGGAAAUGGUGUGCGGCAGCCAGUCUCUCACAUUGGGGUGUCUGCCUGUGCUGUGUACCUCCAUCCCUAGGUAUAGGAAAUGGAAGAAAAAGAUUCAGCAAAGGGGGAGAGAGGUAACAAAUGCACAAUUAUAAAACCUGGUUAUACCUGUUAUGAAAGUAUACCAAGUUAGUUUAUGUUGUUGUUAAUGUGAAAGCAAACACGUGUAUGUUAACUUAUUUUCAUUAUCUUGACCUUAUUUAUGAUCUGCUGAAGUGGUGAUUUAUCCAUUCAAAAAGUAUUUUUUUCCAUUUAAAACUAAUUUAUAAACUAUGUAUUCCUGGGAAGAUUCGAAGUCUUUUCAAAGUUUGUUGAAAUAUUUUCACCAGUUAAGACAAACUUCUGACUUGGAUACUGAUUUUAAUGCCAGUAUCUGCUCAAAAUAUUUAUGAUAAAAAUGCAUUAUUUUUUUAAAGAGCUUGAUGAGAUUUGUGAUGUCGUAGUACUCAAAAACAUGAAUCCCACCCCUUGACCGAUCCUCUACAAACCUCAGUUGUUGUUUAACUCACCAAUUGAACAUGAAACAAUAUGGUCUGGUUUAGAAGUCAUGUUUUCAGCCUUAUGAUAGUUAACAUGGUAAGCCUUAGCAGUAAAUUGUCUUCUUUUCUGAAAGGAAGACUAAAUUUUCUAGAGAAAGGGGUUAGAUGGUGGUACUAUAAUACCAAAUUCUAAAUCAUGAGCAUUUUCUCCAUUGUGUAUCUGAGGCAAAUCAUGCAACCUUGAGUGCAGUUUGGCCUGGCCCUUCAAGAGAAAAGCAUGUCACCACACUUGCAGGAGGGGUACUGUGGUUUGAAUGGAUACCAUCACUUUUUUCUCCACGAAUAGUGCAAAGAGCUGUCUGGAGUGGCUAUUUAAACAAAUUCCCUGGCACUCCCUCUGCUCUUUCCAUCACUACAGUAAGUAGAAGAACCAUAAAGGGGAACUGGGAGUCUGAGAAAAUCAGCUGUGCUCAGUAGCCAAUCUCCCCCUCGAGGAAAACCACUCGAGAUGCAGCUAUUUUGGUACCUCUUUUCACAUGCACUCUGAAUCAGAGUUUUUCUAUAAGAAAUCCUUGGGAAUCAACAAAAGCUGGGAUGACCUGGUAAUCUUGAUUUGCAAAAUUAAAAGAACAAAACUAGGUUGUCAGUUGUCAUUGUAGAUGAGCAACUCACCUUUUAAAGUAUAGUUAAUUGAACUGGUUUUGAGAAAUCCUUAGAAAAAACUCAAAAGUACAAAUUAAUUAAUUGGGAAAGUUAGAAUGUCCUUUCUGAAUUUUCCAUUCUAAAAAUUUACAUGAUAUGAAAACUUAAAGCUACUAAACUGCUUUGUAUUCUAUUAAGAAAUAACUCCUAAAGAUGUAGUCUUGUUUCAUAGUUGUUACACUAUAUCAACACUUUUUAAAGUGUAAACCCAGUUCUUCUCUGUAUAGCAGGGGAACAUUGUGUUAAUGAAUUUAUACAGAGCAUUUGUUGCCAACUGUAAUCCCAGCCAUCCACAUGUGAGUAUGUUCGAGGUGGCAAUAGCACAUGGGAAGAUGAACUUUCCCUGUUUGUUUACCCCUAUUUCUUUGGCUGUAUCUGAUGACAGUUUAAGAUGUUCUUAAUAAAGUUUUAUGUUCUUUUGAAA